AACAUUGAAGUCUCCCAACACGAUGAAGUGCCUAGGGAUCGUCCUCCUGGCCCUCGUGGCUCUUUCCGAAUGCCUCCACAGAAUGCCACUGAUAAAGGGGAAGACUGCCCGUGAGCGUCUGAUGGAGAAGGGUAAAUGGGAUGAAUACAGGCGAAAGCAUCCGUACAACCCAAUGGUCAAGUUCCUGCUAACUGGAGUUGAGUCAAUGACCAAUGAUGCAGAUCUGUCCUACUACGGUGUUGUCUCCAUCGGCACCCCGCCCCAGUCCUUCAUCGUUAUCUUUGACACUGGCUCCUCCAAUCUGUGGGUCCCAUCUAUUUAUUGCACCACCAGCAAAGCCUGCCUGAAUCACAACCUAUUCAACCCCUCUCUGUCGUCCACCUUCGUUUGGGGAAGCCAGUCUCUGUCCAUCCAGUACGGCACUGGGAGUAUGACUGGAUAUUUGGGCAGCGAUGUGGUUGAGGUUGGCGGCAUCACCGUGAGUAAUCAGGUGUUUGGGCUGAGUCACACUGAGGCAGAGUUUAUGGCUGAGAUGACUGCAGACGGUAUCCUGGGCCUGGCCUUCCAGUCCAUUGCCGCCGACAAUGUGGUGCCGGUGUUCAAGAACAUGGUGGCACAGGGUCUGCUGGGACAGCCUCUGUUCUCUGUCUAUCUGAGCAGCAAUGACCAGAAGGGCAGUGAGGUGAUCUUUGGAGGAAUUGAUGUCAGCUACUACACUGGGUCAAUCUACUGGAUCCCCCUGAGCUCUGCUACUUACUGGCAGAUUAACAUGGACAGUGUGACCAUUAAUGGACAAAUUGUAGCCUGUGCCGGGGGCUGCCAGGCCAUCAUCGACACUGGCACCUCCCUCAUCGUCGGACCAAACACAGACAUCAACAACAUCAACUCCUGGCUCGGAGCAUCACUCAACCAGUAUGGAGAGGCUGUGGUGAACUGCCAGAACAUCCAGAGCUUGCCUGAUGUUACUUUCACUCUGAAUGGAAUCUCCUUCUCUGUCCCCGCCUCUGGCUACAUCACUCAAAGCUACAGUAGCUGCUACACUGGUUUUGGUCAAGGCGGAACUGAACCACUCUGGAUCCUGGGAGAUGUCUUCAUCAGGGAAUACUACGCCAUCUUUGACAUCCAGAACCAGUACAUUGGAUUGGCCCAGGCUGUGUAA